CUAGAUUCUCCUAUGACAUGUGGAGCUCACUAGUUGCCCGGAUGAUCGAUGAUGUGGAUCGUGAGAAGAUCUUCUAGCAUACACUCUAUACCUAUAAUAAAACAAUGGCUUGACACAACAAACAAACAAAAAAGUUGGAAGAUGGUCGUUAGGUUCAUUACAGGAUACUAAAGUCAGUAGGUAUAAAGUGUUGUGCCGAUUGCUGGAAAAGUUGGAAAGUGUUCCUCGUAAAAGUCUUAAUUAUAGAUUCGAGAAUCGUAUAGCUUUAAAGAUCAGGUUUAAUACACUGGUUCCAAUGGAUGCAGGUGUGUAAAAUAACCAAAUGGGGGAAGAAAGAAAAAGAAGAAAAGCAGAGCUUGAUGAGAUGAUCAGUAGUGAAGCAGGCACUAGUUCUGAGUUAUGACAACAGUAAUAAUCCUAAAUCCAUGAGCAGCCAAUGCCACACAAUGUUAACAUCCAUCCAUGUCGAUAUAAAUAUAUAAUUAGUAGAGAGGAGGAACGUUUUUGACUUUUUGUGGACUUGUCCCUUUAGUAGAGAGAGAGGAAGGAGAUAAUAUUGGAUGUAUUUUGCUAUUUUUAAGAAAUAGUUGAGGGCAAGAAAAAAAAAAAUUUUUUUUUUUGAGAGAGGGUUUAAGGGAGGCGACGCGACGGAGGAUUUGAUUUGAGUCCCGCGAGGAAGCAGCAACGGACUCUUUCCCUUUUUUUUUUUGGUAUCUGUGCUUCGAUAUCUGCUUUAUCGGCAAAACAAGCAAAGUCCGUUUUGUUUCUCGGAAGAAGAAGAUUUGAUUUUCUCGUGAAGGAAUCAGUGGAAGAAGAAGAUGAUAGAGUUUUAUUUAGGUGGAUUGAUAUGCCUAAGCGGCACCGCUCUUUAUAUUCUCAGUAAGCUCACAGACAGUGAUUUUGAGAUGCUCAAUCCAGCCACUAGGGUUCACCAGAUCAAGGAUUUGGAGCAAUUGCUAGCAUUAGAGAGCAAGAUCGUAUCAGUAUCAGGGAUCGUUGGCUCUCAGACACCUAUCAAGUGUGAGCUUAGUGAUACCCUCUCUGUUUUUGUCAAGAAAACGGCACAACAAGUUUUCUUGAAACGUAAUUGGUGGUUUUCAUGGGUUCAAGAUAGUAACUGGAUGGUUCCAAUCACUAAAGAAGUCCCUUGGUACCUGGAAGAUGGGACAGGUCGUGUGAAUGUUGCUGAAGCUAACAAAAUAAUGAGCAUUGCAUUGAGGGUCGGAAGUGAAGUAUUUGAAGAGUCAAAGCCGUCAUCCGAUUGCCUCAAAGGCCUCAAGAUGCUUGGAGUAAAACACACUGAGCAUGUCCUCCCAAUUGGUACAUGGGUUACAGUUGUUGGUGAGGCUGUUAAGGACAGUAUGGGGGUUUUCACGAUUCAAAAACCCGAGAAAGGACCUUUCUUUGUCUCACGUGUACCGCUCGAUAAGAUCACCUCUUCAUUGGUAAUGUGGUCAAGGAGGUUCAAAUAUGCCUCCAUAGGUUUAACUGUUGUUGGUGUGAUUCUGAUUUCAAAGCCUGUGAUUCAGUAUAUUCUAGAGAGAAGGCGGGAGCGAUUGUUACGGAUUAGAGUUGCUGAUGCAGCAGCUGCUAAGAGAGCCGAACUAGUAACUAGAGAAUUGGGAACUCAGCAUGAGAACAACUCAGAUAGUAGUACAAGCAGAGAUGGCGAUGUACCAGAUCUCUGUGUGAUCUGCCUUGAGCACAAGAAUGAUGCGGCUUUUGUUAAGUGUGGUCACGUGUGCUGCUGCUUAACAUGCUCCUCGCACGUGAAGGCAUGUCCUCUUUGCCGGAGACCAAUAGAACAAGUAUUGAAGAUUUACCGCCUUUGAAGACAUUGAAUUAAUCCUUCCCAUCUACCAUAACCAAAUUCCGUACACCAACUAACGAUCAUUGAGUCUUGUCUAUAAAGCCUUUUAGAACCAUUUUUGUAUUGAAGAACGUAACUGUAAAAGGGAAGCAAAAGCUAAUGGAAAUAGUGAGCUAAUUACCUGAA